AUGGUGCAGGCAACGAUGCAACAAACAGAGGUGCGGCGGCAGCUGAAGCAAUUAAAUAAGCCUGCCGUUAAGAGCAUCAAGAGCCCAGAUGGAGAUAUCAUAGACUGUGUCCAUAUCUCUCAUCAGCCUGCCUUUGAUCAUCCUUUACUCAAAAACCACACCAUCCAGAUGAGACCAAGUUUCCACCCAUUUGGCCCAUAUGACGCGAACAAGGUGGCAUCAAAAAAGGAAACUAGCUCCAUAACUCAGCUUUGGCAUCAAAAUGGGAGGUGCCCCAAGGACACCAUCCCCAUUAGGAGGACCAAGAAGGAUGAUCUGAUGAGAGCCAGCUCUGUUGAAAGAUACGGAAAGAAGAGGCACUCGACAAUCCCGAAUUCCAGUUUUGUAGAUCCCGUUCAGAUUAGAAACGGACAUGAGUAUGCGAUUGUUUCUGCAAAGCGGGAUGAGUAUUAUGGAGCCAAGGCAACCAUAAAUGUGUGGAACCCGAAGGUCCAACAACCAUAUGAGUUCAGUUUGUCUCAACUUUGGAUUAUUGGGGGUCCUGAAGAACUUCUCAAUACAGUCGAAGCUGGCUGGCAG